AUGGCGCUUGCCCUCGCCUCCCCAAUGGCGUCCCUCUCGCUCCACUCCGGGAGGAUCUCUGCGCUGGCUAUCGGCGGCGGUCUCCGCCCCCACAAGGCGGGCCCUAUGGGGGCCUCCGCAUCCCCGUUUCUCCGGAGCUCAUUCAUCUCCUCUUCCUCCACCUCCUCCGCCCCCACCUCCUCGCUCUCGGCUGCGGUCUCGGCGUCGCUCGCCUUCACGUCCGCCUCCUCGUUCGGCGGUUCAUCUUUGGGAAUUGAGUUCAGCUACAACAGAUUAACAACACGCAGACCCCGCGGUCUACAGAUUAGGGCUGGAAAGGCUGCCCUCUGCCUGACCAAGAGGUCAAGAUCUAGGAAGUCACUUGCCCGUGUGCAUGGUUUCCGAAAGCGGAUGCGGACUACUGCUGGAAGAAAGGUUCUGAAGCGUAGACGUGACAGAGGAAGGAAGAUUCUCUGCACAAAGUCGAACUCACCCACUGGGACAAAGUAUUGA